AUGGUGAAAGCAGAUGUCCUUUCACCCCCUCCUCCUCUCAUUCUCGCACUGCACACCCUUCUCUCCCCCCCUUCUCUCCCCCCCUUCUCUCCCCCCCUUCUCUCCCCCCUUCUCUCCCCCCCUUCUCUCCCCCCCUUCUCUCCCCCCCUUCCUCCCCCCCCUCCCCAUUCCCUCCCUUCUGUCCCCCUCUGCCGCCCCCAGCCGCAGCGGCAUCAAGGCCAAGAAGAUGUCCGCCGCUUUACCCGCCCUCACACCCCAGGCGGAGCAGCAGGCGGGGCGGCAGCAGCGCGGCCCAAGAAGAUGUCCAAAGCAGCCGCAGCCGCUGCUGCUGCAGCGGCUCAGAGGCAGGCGGCAGGUGGGCGGCAGGGUGCGUCUGACACCCCGCCUGCCACGGGACCAGCACACGCUGCCAAGCCAGCGCACCACCAGUCCAAGCCACUGAGGAAGGACCAGCAGCCCCCAGGCGAGGCUGAGGGGCGUGCUGGGGGCGCUUCACACUCAUCCCCCUUCCCCCAUUCUCCUCCCCCUUUCCCCCUUACAGCCCCCGCCCCACUACCGCUAGCGACAGGCAUGCAGCAUGCGCGGCACGAGGCGAGGCUGAGGGGCGUGCUGGGGGCGCUCUUCUGGGAGGCCAGCUCACGGGCUAUCACCAACCAGAGCACCCCCUCCCCCUCCCCCGCCGCCCUCCCCCUCGCCUCCCACCCCACGCCCUCGCCCUCCUCCCUCCACCCUACACCCAAUUCCGCUGCCCCGACCCUCCCUGCCUCCUCCCUCUCCUCCUUCCCUGCCACCACUGCUGCUGCCCAUUCCAGUCUCGCCUCUCAGCCGUCGGCUCUGUCGCACAGUGCCGCGCCCCUGGGCCCCUCCUCCUCCUCCCCCCUCGACCCCCUCUCACUGCAUAAGUUCGCCGAGCUUCCAGGUUUUCAGACCUUGCAGGGAGGCUCGGCAGCAACUGGUUUGGCAGGAGGGGGAGGGGGAGGGGGAGGGGGAGGGGGGGGAAGUGGGGCCGGGAGGAUGAGGGGAAUGGCAGGGGGAGGCAUGGGUGGGGGUUCUGGGGGAGGAGGGGAAGGGGAAGGGGGUGUGGGGGGAGCAGCAGGGGCGGGUAUGGGCGGGAUGGGCGGAUUUGGGGGUGCGUUCAACGCGAGUGGAGUUGGGGUGAAGUCAGGAGCGGCAGGAGGCAGGGUGUUGGGUGGGAUGGGGGCAACAGCAGGCAUUGGAGGCAUGGGAGGGAAUCUGGCCACUGGCAGUCGUAUGGAUACUUCAUUCUCUUCUCCCCCUGCCUCUGCAUCGAAUCCUCUCUCCCAAUUUUCUUCCCCUUCUGCUGCGCUGCCUGCUGCUAUGGCUGCAACAGCCACUGCUAUGGGUGUGGGUAUGGGAGCAGGGAUGGGUGCAGGCAUGUCUUUUGAGUCGACUCAAAAGGGCAUGGGUGCGGGCAUGGGUUCAAAUAUGGGUGCUGGCAUGGGUUCAGAUAUGGGUGCUGGCAUGGGUUCAAAUAUGGGUGCUGGCAUGGGUUCAAAUAUGGGUGCUGGCAUGGGAGCAGGCAUGGGUAGUGUGCAGCAGGGGGUGGUGGGGGAAGGGAACUUGCAAGGACGAUCGACGAUGCAGGGCGGUACGAGCGUGCAAUCGGGGGUGCAAGGGGGAGUGCAAGGGGGAGUGCAAGGGGGAGUGCAAGGGGGAGUGGGGCAGAAGGAGCCAUGCAACAGCAAAGGCGCUAUUGGUGCUAUUGGUGCCAGCACUGCUGCUGCUGCCACCUCCUCUCCCGCCCCUGCUGUUCCUACUUCUGCUCCUCAGGGGCAGCAGCAGGCAGUGCACUCGCCUCAGCAGCUGGCCCAGCUGGCUGCGCACCUGCAGUCCCAGCUGGGGGGUCAACCAGGUGGGGGAAAUGGGGGCCCUCAGGGCAGUCAGCUUGGUGGGCAGAAUCAAGUUGGACAGAAGAUGCAGCAGCAGCAAAUGCAGCAGCAGCAAAUGCGGCAGCAUCAGCAGCACUUGCAGAGGCAGCAGGGCAUGCGGCAAGGUCAGGCGCAAGGGCAGCAGCAGCAGAUGCACAUGCAGCAGCAGCAGCAGCAGCAGCAGCAGCAGCAGCAGCAGCAGCAGCAGAUGCAGCAAAUGCAGGGGCUUUCCUCCCCUCCUCACAGCAGCCCGCCAGCACCGAUGAAUCAAAGGCACAUGUUCCAGCCGCCUCACCAGCCGCCGCAACAGCUGCAGCAACAGCAAGGAGGGGGAAGGGCGAUGGGGGGAGCAGGCGGGGCGGGGGGGCAGCUGCAGGCGCCUGGAGAGAUGCUUGUGCAGCAGCAGCGGCAGCAGCUGGCAGGGCCCAUGGGGCAGGAGGGGCAGGGGAUAGACCGAGGCACAGGGCAGCAGGGGCAGGGGCAGGGACAGGGUGUUGCAGGAAUGGGGGGAAUGGGAGGGAUGGGUAUGGGUAUGGGUAGCAUGGGAGGAAUGGGAGGGAUGGGGGGCAUGGGGGCGAUGGGGGGGGCGAUGCAGGGAAUGGGGGCAGGCAAUGCUGGUGCGGGGAGGGCGGGCUCCUUCCAAGGUGGAGCCGGGGGGAUGCAGCAGCAGCAGCAACAGCAGCAGCAGCAGCAGCAACAGGCGGGACAAGGGCAAGGGCAAGGGCAAGCGCAAGCAGCAGGGCGGAGUGGAUCAGGAGGGGCAGGCAUGGAUGAGCCCUUCCCUACAGAUCACCCCCAACAGCGCAUGGGCAUGCAGCAGCAUGCCCCCUUCCAUGCCUCCACCCACAUGACCCCUGCUGCUGCUUCCGGUCAAGGCAUGGGCAUGGGCAUGGGCAUGGGAGGAGCAGCGGGCAUGGGCAUGGGGGGAGGGUCGUCACUGCUGGCAGGGAUUCCCGACUCAUCCCUCGUGUCGUCCUUUGGGGGCAUGGGAGGGGCAGGGGGAGGGACGAGGGGCAUGGAGGGCAUGGGAGCGAUGGGGGGAGCGGGAGGGGGCAUGGGGGGCGGUGAUGGGGCUGGAGGGGCAGGUGGGCGUGGUGGUGGUGCUGGCGGUGGUGCUGCAGGAAUGGAUGAGGCAGCCAUGUUUGCAGGAGAGGAUGAUUAUGGGGAUUUGCCUUGA